CUAUUCACAAUAAGAGAACCCUAAAGAGUUUUUUUAAAAGAGAAAAUAAAGGAAAAAAAACCUUAAAAAACUAAAAUGGCCUAUAAUCAAGCAUUGGCCUUUAAAACUGAAAUUCUGGAACCGGUAAGCAAGCUUCAAAUCGAGCGCUUCCCUUUGCGGCACUGGAUAAACCACGCACUGAGCUUCUACACGAGCAACCAGUAUGAGAACUUCGUGCAGGUCUUGGAGGCGGCCAUUUCGCGGUGCAUGAAGUCCUCUGCCUCUUAUCGAGAAGACCUGGCAAGGGCGUAUAACGUCCUAGUGGCUGGCACUACCAGGCAGGCCUAUAAGGAGCUUGGCAACCGCCGGGCUCUUCUAAUGGCCAAGCUAACGAAUCUGUUCCGGGUCAUGGAAGGCACCCAGCGGGUCCAAGAACGCACUCUCAUGGUGACCAAGGGCUACGCCUUUAUGCUGACUGCCAUGAGAGCUGCAGAGGCCGACGCUCUAUUUGUUAACGUCCUCUGGCAGUCGUCGAGCAACGUCCUGGCCCUGAUUGGACGCGGUUGCUUGGCCUACGCGCGGCAGGACUACCUGGCAGCUCUCGGCUUCUUCAAGAGCGUGCUGCUGCACCAGCCGCGCGGACCGGGGGACGUCCGAGUGGGCAUAGCACACUGCUUCCUAAAGAUGGGCGAUGUGGACAGUGCCCGGCGCUGCUUCGAGUUGGCGCUGGCGAAGAACGGCCGCAGCCAGAACGCCUUGCUUGGAAUGGCGCUCCUCAAGCUCAACCAGUGCCAGAAGGACACGCACAUCGAGGGCAUCCACUUGCUGAGCGCCGCCUUCGAGCUGAAUCCCCGCCACGCUGCCGUCCUGGGGUUAUUGGCUAAGCACUACUACCACGUCGGCGACCACGAGAAGGUCUGGUCACUGGCCGGGAACGCCUACAUGCUGACGGACAUACCGCAGCUUCAGUCGGAGAACUGCCUCCUCAUUGCCAGGAGCUUCCACGCAACCCGGCAGUUCGACAAGGCCAAGUAUUUCUACGCGCAGUCAGUAAAGCUGGCCCCCGAGGGCUAUGUCCUUUCCCAAUUGGGCCUGGCCCAGAUGCACCUGAGGCGCGGAGGGCGGAAAGAGGCCAAGGGCUGUCUGGAGACGCUGCUGAAAGUUCUGCCCAAAGAGCACACCGCACUGGUGCUGCUGUCGAAGAUCUACUUGGCGGAGAGGGCCGCCGGGCAGGUGGACCAGGCCAUUGAGAUGCUGGUAAGGGUGGUGGGGAGCCGCCUCGGACGCUGUAACUGCGACUGCUGGCUGACUCUGGCCUUUGGCUACGAGCAAAAAGGACAAUGGCUCCGGGCCAUCGAUGCCUACCAAAAGGCCAUGGGCAUUUGUAAAAAAUCGGGUCGAGAGGUGCCCGUCGAGUGGGUCAACAAUCUGGCAGCCACCCAGCAGCUGGCCAAGAUGCCCCAGCAAGCCCUCAUCACCAUUGACGAGGCCUUGGCCAGGAGCGAAGAAAGUACCGGCGAGCACAAUCAGACGAACCUGUUGACCUUGCGCUUCAAUCGCUGCAGGAUUCUGGAGGACCUGCAUAGGUGCGACCUGGCCGAAAUAGCCUACAAGGUGAUACUGGACGAGUACCCCAGCUACUACGAUUGCUUCUUGCGCCUCGGCGUGAUGGCCCUGCGCCAGAACAAGUUUUCCAUUGCCACCGAGUACUUCAAAGACGUCCUCAAAGUGGACAACAACAAUCUGCCCGCCAGAUCCUAUCUAGGAAAUUGCUACCUAAAGCUGGGACUUGCCAGCCAGGCCAUGUACAACUUCAAAGUGAUGGAAGAUUCGUACGGCUUGGUGGCCAUGGGUAACAUUUGCUUGCACGACCUCAAGAAGUGCCUCGACAAUGGGGACAGGUAUUACGCCAAGAAACACCAGGAGAAGGCCGUGCAAUUAUUUAAGAAAGCCAUUGAGCGCAACCCCCGGAACAUGUGGGCGGCGAACGGAAUCGGCGUGGCGUUAAGCUGCCGCGAAUUUUCCACCGAAGCUGAGGCCUGUUUCCAACAAAUCGUUGAGGCUGGCAAGGAGUGUCCGUCGGCCACCCUGAACUUUGCCCACACGGCCCUAACAAAGGGCCAGUACAAGCAGGCCAGCCAGACCUACAAACAAUGUCUGGAGGAGUGCCUGUCCCCCAACUGCGUGGAGAUUAUAGUGCCUCUGGCCAAGUCCCUGUACAUGGAUGGCAAGACCCGCGAGGCUAAGAUUUGGCUUCUGAAAGCCCGUCACUUGUCGCCAGAAGACCCGGUGGUGAUGUUCAACCUUGGCCUGGCCAUCAAAAAAGAUUCCGAGCGGAUCUUCCAGGCUCCUCGACCCGAGAUAGCUGAAUUGGUGAGAGCCGAGUUGGAACUCAAGGUCUCCUACAGCUACUUCGAUCACCUUUCAACAUCCUUGCUUCAAACUGAGGUCUCGCUGAGAGCUGCUGCCAAGCAGGCCAAGAAGUGCGAAAGCUUGCUAGCUAACUUGCCGGAUGAGCUGCGCCGCGUGCGCCAGCUAGACGAUCUGGAAGAGACCCGCAUCAGGUUGCAGACGCAACGCUAUCAGGAGCGCCAGGAGCAGCUGGAGCAGCAGCGCUUGCGAGAGGACGAGGAGAAGCGGAAGCUCCGCGAGGAGCAGCUCGCGAAGAGGUUGGAGGUCCUUGAACGCACCAAAAAGAUGUUCACAAAAGCAGCUCUAGAAAAUAGUGAGACGGAGAAGAAAUCCUCAAAGAAGCGUAAGGGACGUGGAAAGAAAAGCCAUCGGAAUGACCUGGAUGACGAGGAUCUGGAUAAAGACCGCCAAGUGCCCGAGAAAAAGUCACGCAAACGGCACAAGAGCAAGGGCACUAAGUCGUCCAGGAAACGGAAAGAGGUCCAUUCCAGUGACAGUGAAGCAGCAAAUCAGAUCAAGAAGUACAAGAGCACGGAGUUCAUCGAAACCUCCAGCGAGGAUAGCGACAUCGACUUUAAAGGCAACAAGCUACCAAAAAUGAAGCUACCAAAAAUUUUCCCGGACUCGAACGAUGAAAGUGACAUGGAAACCGAACAAGCUGUCCAAAAGAAUCCCGAGGACCCGUCACAUAUAGUCAACGAAAUCGAUCCCAAUCCUUCUUAUGACGAUGGGCCACAGAUGGACGCUUACUCCGGCAUAGUUAACGAAAUGGUAAAUCCAGUUUACGAUGAUGGAACUGAGAUGGAGUUGGACGAGGAACUCAACCUGGUAAACGAAAAGAAGCAGCAUUUCCAGCCAGGAGCUUCGGUAGAGUUCUUGGUUGCCAAUGAGGCACCUGUGCUAAUGGAUCGUCACACGGAGAUCAGCGAAAGCCGUCAGCUAGAAAUCAACUUUAUGCAAGAUCGAGAGAACGGGGAGCUCAAUAGCGCGGAAGCCGAGUCCUUGGACAUGUUAAACGAUUACUUUGAUGCCCUGGAGAAGAAGAUGGAGGCGCAACCAGAAUAGUCCUUUGCGGUUGUUUCAUUCGCUGUUAACCUGUUCGUUCAAUAACUUGAUUAAACGUCA